GACAGGACUAAAGAGAGACUUAAACAGACCAGAGACAGGACUAAAGAGAGACAAACAGACCAGAGACAGGACUAAAGAGAGACAGGACUAAAGAGAGACAAACAGACCAGAGACAGGACUAAAGAGAGACAGGACUAAAGAGAGACAAACAGACCAGAGACAGGACUAAAGGAACAUUUAAACCGAGUCUGAGCUCUGAGACCGGGCUGCUGCUCAGAGACAAACGACCACAGAGACACCACAGAGAGAGAGACACCAGAGAGAGAGACACCACAGAGAGAGACAAGUUCAUCAUGAGCUCCUCCGGCUCCACCCUCAGCUCCUCCGGCUCCGCCCUCAGCUCCUCAGGCUCCGCCCUCAGCUCCUCAGGCUCCGCCCUCAGCUCCUCCGGCUCCGCCCUCAGCUCCUCCGGCUCCGCCCUCAGCUCCUCCGGCUCCGCCCUCAGCUCCUCAGGCUCCGCCCUCAGUGCUCUGUCGUGUCACUUCACCUGGGCCCUGACCUUCAGCCGCCCCACACUGCUCAAAGUGUGGAAUAAACUCAUCGAUAUAUGCCCCGACGAGAGAACCUCAUGGAGGGGACAGAACUACAACCUCCAGGGCUUCCUCCAGCAGACACUGGGGCACUCCUCAGAGGCCCUCAGCCUCCUGCACUCGGCCUCAGAGGCCCUCAGGGGCCCCGAGCUCCUGGUGAACUACAGCGACCUGGCCUGGGUCCACCACGAGAGAGGAGAGCACGCCCAGAGCCAAGAAUACAUGAGUAAAGUCCAGGCACUCAGGAGAGAGUACCCUGCAGAGGGGGAGCACCCCGAAGUGCUGGCAGAGAAGGCCUGGACAUUGAUGAAGUUCGGGCGUCAGCAGAAGCUCGAGGCGGUCACUCUGUUUGAGGCGGCUUUGGGGGCGGAGCCAGAGCACGUGGAGUGGAGGAGCGCUCAGGUCAUCGCUCUCAUGAGCGCCCAAAAACACGACCCCGAUGUACCUGACCAGCUGCUGCAGGAGACGCAGAGGGCCCACGAGGACGACCCGGAGAACCUGUAUCUGUGCGUGAAGUACCUGAGCCUUAGGGGGCGCCGUGGAGAGGCUGUACUGGACAAGAUCGCCGAGCUGGAGGACAGGAUCAUGUCCACAGCCAACAGCAGCUACAGCGGCCUCAAGGCUGUGCUGCGCUACUACCGCCACAUAAACCACGUGGACGGCGCCAUCGUGUGGGCAGAGGAGGCUCUGGUGAAUCACCCCGACAGCCGCUACGUGAAGCUCUGUGUCGCGCUCUGCUACAAGUGGAGAGUCCUGUUCCACAGAGACAGAGCCUCACAGCGCCACCUGGACAGAGCCAUAAGUCUGUAUCAGGAGGUCAUCCAGCUGUACCCAAACUCCGCUCUGGUCAAGGAGUUGGACCUGGCAGAUCUCUACGCCAAGUCAGAGCGCAGCAGAGCUGAGGAGAUAUACAGCAGACUCCUCCAAAUGGACAUGGAACCACCAGAGAGGCAGAUGUUCUACAACCGCUACGCUAAAUACGCAGUGUGCACAGAGCAUGAUGUUCGCAAGGCCAUCAGGUACCAUAAAAAGGCAGCAGCGAUUGAUCACGACUCCUUCUUCAGGGAGAACAGUCUCAAACAUCUACAGAAACAUACCAAACAGAGUCGAGAGUCGAUCCUGGUGGAACUCCAGAGCUCCUCCCUGAUGGACCGCCUGGAGGAGCUGCAGUGCCACUUCACCUGGGAGCUGAACCGCAACCGCUCCAUCCUGUUCUCCGUCAAGGACCGCCUUCAGGACCUCGUCCCCGACGAGAGCGCCUCAUGGAGGGGGCAGAACUACAACCUCCAGGGCUUCCUCCAGCAGACACUGGGGCACUCCUCAGAGGCCCUCAGGCUCCUGCACUCGGCCUCAGAGGCCCUCAGGGGCCCGGGGCUCCUGGUGAACUACAGCGACCUGGCCUGGGUGUACUACAAGAGGGACGAGCACGUCCAGUGUCAGGAGUACCUGAGCAAAGUGGAGGCACUCAGGAGAGAGUACCCCACAGAGGGGGACCAGCUGCACCCCGAGGUGCUGGUGGAGAAGGCCUUCAGUCUGAUGGAGUUUUACAACGACAAGAAGCUCUUGGCAGCUGAACUGUUGGAGAAGGCUCUGAAGCAGCAGCCGACACGAUGGGAGUGGCUCAGUGCUCAGGCCAUGGCCCUCGUGAGCGCCCACAGACACAAGGAGUACAUGGACGAGAAGGUACUCCUCACGAUAAGACAAGCCAUAGAGAGGGACCCAGACAACCUGGAGCUACAAGCAGAGUACCUAAACCUGCGAGUGCAGAGAGAGGAGAAUGGGAGGAGACGGCAGAGCACCCGCAGAGAGGGAGGCCACCCGCAGAGGGGGAGGGCACCCGCAGAGGAAGUGAGGGUGGAGGUGGCUGCUCUGAGCUCUCAGCUCUUAAAGAGCCCUCACAGAUUACUCGGAGACAUAAAGUCUGUGCUGGAGGUGCAGAGGAGGGCGGUGUGUGAGGCUGCGGCGGUGGAGCUGGCGGAGUCCGCUCUGCACAAACGUCCUGACAGUCGCUACCUCAAGGCCUGUCUCGCCACGUGUCUGAAGUGGCAGGUGGACCAGCAGAGGGAGCAGGUGAGUCAGGAGCUGAUCGAGCGGGCGGCCGCUCUGCUGGGGGAGGUGGUCUCUCUUUACCCCGACUCCUGCCUCAAGACUGAGCUCGAUCAGGCGAGCGUCUACGCCAGGUCCGACCACAGCCUGGCGCAGGCCGCCCGCCUGUACCAGGACCUGCUCCGCAGGGACCUGGAGCCCGUGCCCAAACAGAUGGUGCUCAACCACUACGCCAAGUUUCUCAAACAUGACCAACACGAUUAUGCAAUGUCCAUGGAGUACCACAUGAGGGCAGCAGAGAUCCCCGUGCCCUCGUUCUACAGAUCCAACAGUAUCGCAACUUUACGCAGACUCAACCCCAGGGACAGACGGCUGCGCAGACAACUCAACGACUUCCUCGAGCGCCACGAGGACUCUUCUGCUGAAGAACACGUUAUGACCCUCAGAAACACUCCUGGAGUUGUGUUUGAAUCACACUUGUUUCAUUAAUCCAUUAAUCAAGAGUCUUUUCUGAAUCUCAAAAAUGAUCCAUUUACAUUUUGUCUGUUUUGUUGUUUUUUUUUGCGUCACAUAUAAAACUCUGGACUUUUCCUGGUGUAAAACUCCAUCCCUGACUCAUUCUGCAAAGUGUCGUCAAAAUGAAUGCAUGGCUGUUAGCUUAGCGUGGCUCUGUUAGCUUAGCAUUCACAGAGGAUAAGGAGCCGUUUACUUUGUAAAUGUGAGUGCUGUUGCUGACUGCAGGGGGCGCUCAUUAUAAAGUCUCUGAUGUUAAAAACAUUGUUUUAAAUAGAAAAUGUAUAAAACUAUUGACAGUGAUUAAAGCCAAAAGAACAAACCGUGUGUCCUUUAAAGAGGAGUAUUUACCUCUGGGGUAUUCACUCUAACACAUAUUUGGAUCACGACUUUAACCCAAAGUGGGCACUCUCUCUCUGUGCUAAGUCCCUCCCC